AUGUAUCUUGGCGCCCUGACAACAGCCUUCGUCCCCGCUCCCGGCUGCAUCGACACCAUAUAUGGCGAGAUUUUCAGCGUCGGUACAGUUCGCGACAAAUGGCACAGUCUCGGGCAAUCCGACAAACGAUCUUGCUACCCGUCGGCCUUCACCACCCCGGGGAAAUACUACUCGCCGGGCAUAUGUCCUUCAGCGUGGUCGUCUGCUCAUACCUCAUAUGUCUUUCGUCACAAAGGAAAUGCUAAUGGGGGAAUGCACAGCGGCUACAUCUGCGCCUCAUCGCAAACCUCCUCGUCGGACACCUUCUCAUGCAGCCGCCUCUACACUGACCCGCCGAAGAUCACCGUCCCGCAGGAGAUUAAUGGGAAGACGACGUACAUGGAGACCACGCUUGCCGCAGAUGGCGGACUGUUCGUCGUGUACGCGAACCAGAUUGAAGUGCGGUUUCAGAAGGGGACUUCUAGACUGCGGCAUCGAUGA